AUGAAAAUGGUGUGAUAGAUGAUACAAGGAUGGAAGAGAUAUUUCAGGAGAUGCAACCUUGCUCUUCUUGCUUUCCUUGCAUUAAUCGAGUAGGUAAUCCUUGUUCUCAAAUGGAAACUCUCGCGAGAUACUAUGAAAGAGAACAAAACGUGGAAAUGGCACAAUAUAUUAGAUCAUUAUAUC